AUGUUGAACACCAAUAAUCUUUACAAAGAUUCAGGUGGUGCCGGUUCAUAUGUUAAAGGCAACAUCAAAAUAGGAUCACCGUUAACAUUGUAUUUAUAUCUUGGUGCUGCAGGUGAAGACCAAAGCUCCAUCCGAGGUCAUGGCGUUGAUCAAAGUCUUGGCGGUUGGAACUUUGGAGGAAAAGGAGGUAUGGACCUAUUUGAUACCGACCAUCCAGAAAAUGGAGCUGGAGGAGGUGGUGCUGUUGAUAUCAGAUUGAAAUAUAUUGACAUCAAUAUCAUCCCAACAAACAAUCUAAAAUUUCGCGAAUCAAUUGAUAGUCGAAUUAUCGUUGCAGGUUCCGGAGGAGGUGCUGUUUCUGACAAUAUCACGAGAUUUGCAAACAUAUCUUCCAAAUUUUAUGCAUGGGGCCUUCCAGGAGGCACAUUAGAUUCGAUGAGGUCAAAAUACACAAUUGGUGCUUCUCAAACCAUGGGCCAAUUAGGUAUAGGAGUUGAUGGAAAAUCAACUAAUUAUAGUGUUGGAGCAUGCUCAGGCGGAAGUGGAUCAGGAUACCGAGGUGGAUAUUAUGAAAUUCCUGACCCCAUCACAGAAUAUUUUAUACAAGGUGGUGGUGGAGGGAGCUCAUAUAUCAGCGGCCAUCCAGUGUGCAUUACAAGUCCAUAUAACAUUUCAUUCACAAACACUGUUAUGUAUGGUGGCAAUGAGAGCAUGCCACAACCAUUUGGGGGUAUGAGUAUUGGACACCGUGGUAAUGGUGUUUGUCGCAUAACAGAUCUUUCUCCUGACUUUAUUAGUUGUAAUUUACUCAAAAAUUUCAAUUUUAACUUUGUCUUGAUUCAUAAUAAACUUCGACGACAAUUUUAG